UUUAAGAUGGUAUAAUGGCAAUUUUCUCGGCCUGACUGACGCCGGCCGACCUCGCCUUCUCCUUCCCCGGCAUCGGCGACCCUGAAUUGCGGCUGCCCUCGCCUCCUCCCCGCGGCCACCGCGUCGUCCCUCCGCCGGCAUCAGCUCAACGCCGCCGUCCUCCUCCCUUCGCCGGCGCCGACGAGCCGACGACCACUCCACGCAGCCGCCCUCGCCUGCUGCAUCGACCCUGAGCGGCCGCGCCAUCGCCUCCGCCUCCGCCGACCGCGUUUUUUUCCCCCGAUCGGGGCCCGGAGGAGGCCAUGUCGUCUUCCACCGACGCCCCUGUCAGCCCUCGCUCCCAGUUCGCGCUGGCCUGCUUCGAGGAGCUUCUCGAGACCGCGGUGGUGGACGUGGCCUCCGAGUGCCACCGCAUCGCGCGCCUGGGCCUCGACCGCGGCGUCGACGCCGAGGAGGAGGAGCUCCGCGCCUGGGCCGCCCGCGACCACCCGGGGGCCGAGGAGGGCGGCGGCGCCGUCGGCGGUGGCGGAGGGAACAAGGGGGUGGUCGAUGUAUUUGGCCAGGUGCUCCCCGCCGUGGCCGCCGACCUCGUCGACUGCAUGAACUGCGGACGCCCCGUCGCCGCCGGCCGCUUCGCCCCUCACCUCGAGAAGUGCAUGGGCAAGGGACGCAAAGCUCGCACAAAAACAACAAGAAGUAGUACCGCUGGACGAACUAGGAACAACAAUGGUAGCGCGGCUUCUUCAUACUCCCCGUAUUCCAGCCCAGCUAUCGCUAACAGAGCAAGCCUUCCUAACGGUGUCACUGAUGGCAGUGCCAGUGUCACAGGAGAGGAUCACAGCAAUCACAUAUUGCCGGAGCCCUGAGCACCUGACUGUAACACCGUGUUUCAGCCACCUUACCAAAUACCAGUGUUUGGGCACCAUGGCCGGUCUGCAACACAUUCCUUGGUAAAACUGGUGCUUGUCAGUCACCUUUGUAGCUGGAGUUCUCUAUAAAUUAUGGUAAGAAAAACUGCCGUUUUUUAAUCGAUGGAUUUUCGCCACUUUGUACAGAGCCGACAAACUCUUCAUUCCGGUGACUGGCAGCAGUAGCCAUGAGUAUACCGGCAACAUAUAAAGGAGGCAUGAGUAACCAUGAGUAAACCUGCAACAUAUAAAGGACUUCCCCGUUCGAAUUAGAUGAAAUAUGGAUGAACGGUAAUCUAUUUGUUUAUAUGAUAGGGAUGAGUUAAGGGGUAUUUAGCUUGAACAAGUGGUCUAAGGCUCUAAGCAAUGCUGAUGUAGAAGGGCGUUGCUGAAAGUUCAGAGAAAUUAAAUUGUAUUUUUGGAUGUGUGACGUAAAUAAUGCGCGGCAAUAAUCUGGGCCCAUCAGCCCUCCUGAACGAGCCCAACAACCUCA